UCCUCAAAUCGUUACAUGGGCGUUUAAACCACGAGUUAAGAAGAUAUUUUCGGCAUCCCCGUCAAAAAAGCGAAACCAUUCCCGGAAAAUCAAUUUCUUUCUCAAAACGCUCCCUCUUUCCCCUUACAUCCAUAUAUUUCCCCUCCCUUUUUUUUCUUCAAUCAAACGUUUUCGAUGCAGAUUCAUUCAUUCCUCCUCUUUUUUAAUUGAGAUCGAUCUCCUUUCAUACGGCGAUGGAAGCAAAAUCGGCGGAUGGAUCUGCCACCCAUCAAUGCUACUACUCUCUCCUCGGCAUCCGCCGUAGCGCUUCACUCGCCGAGAUCCGUGGCGCUUACAAAAAACUCGCCCUGAAAUGGCAUCCUGAUCGAUGGGGUAAGGAGUCAGAGUCAGCGGCGGGGGAGGCUAAGUGCAGGUUCCAGGGGAUCCAAGAAGCUUAUUCCGUUCUAGCGGAUAGCGGUAAGCGUGCGAUGUAUGACGCUGGGCUCUUUGAUCCCUUUGAUGAUGACGAUCAGGAUUUCACCGAUUUCAUGGAGGAGAUGCUCUCGAUGAUGGACUCUCGGAAGCCCGAGAAGCCGGACACGCUGGAAGACCUUCAGAAGAUUUUUAUGGAGAUGGUCAACGGGAUGGAGAUGGGACGAGGGCCGUCUGAUGGACGGAAAAGGGCACAUGUUGAAUCUCCCCGAAGCGGUGCGCCAUAUUCUCUCCAUGAUCUGUGAAAUCGUAUUAAAGGUGAAUGUGUAGAACUUGAUUGGCUAUUUGGUUCGGUUUAAUUUAAAAUCAUAUGUAAAGUUCUAUUUGUUUUCUAUUGGUAUUUCUCUCGGCAUAAAUUGUACUGGUUGCCACUAAUUUUUAUAUUAUGGUCUUUAGAUAUCAACCAUUUUAACAUCUUAUCAUC